UUGGAUAUUGGAUAUUGAACUGUAUGUAACUCACUAGCCACACGCAUCUGUGUGCACCACAUAGAGUCCAUCCCACUUAAUGUAACGCACCAACCUCAGAGGUUACUCGUAGCCUUAGCAAACGCAGGUACCGCUAACCCUUAGGAUAGUGAUUUCCCAUCAGAGGGAGAUACGUAACACGUUUGAAACUUCACGCUACCAACUCCUUGUUCUGAUUGUUGGUUUGUCCUAAUCGCGCAUUUGUGUUAUUUCUGAUUGCUGUCGAUUACUUCCCUUACUUAAGUGAACUUUAUGUAUCUACUGAGUCGUCGCCUCACUUUUUCUCUUUUUUUUCAAUUCCAGAUAAUCUCAUAUGCUGCUCCUCAAACCUUCAUCACACAAAGUACCCACAGGCUAGAUACAAACUUACCAAAAGCUGGACAUUACAACUAUCUGUAGUCUUCGUUUCAGUCAGGGGUUGACUUUAUUUGGUGCUCGUUUCACGAGCUUAUUGUCAUGGGCUCUCUUUUCGAAGCAAUAGACGACUAUGUCGUUAUUUGUAUGUCACUUACAGCUGUCGUUUUUUUAACGAUUGCCUUUCGGUUUGUUUGGGGGUAUUUUCGAUUAUUCUCACGUCGUAGACGAAGUAUCCAGUUGUCGGCAGGAAUCAGAAAUAGAAGCAGUUCAGAUUAUGACUGCCCGAUAUGCAUGGAGUCCCCUUCUUUCCUAACCGAAACAAACUGUUCUCACCGUUUUUGUGCUGAUUGUUUUAUUCUACAUUGGAAGCGAACAAUAUAUUCUGGUGUUAUAUCCUGUCCAAUGUGUCGUGGACGAGUCUCAACAUUAACUAUGCUGUUCACUGAAGAAGAGUUGCAAGACUCAAGUACUAGACGAUCAAGAAUUGAAGCAGAUAUAAGAUUAUUCAAUCGUUGGCAUUCAGGUGAACCAAUUUCAAUAAUUGAUCGUAUCAGAGACAUUCCGUUAUUCGUUUAUGGAUUUAUACAAUUAUUACUUAGUGGUGAAGGCACAGUCGCUCUAAUGCAAAUUCGUUUAGCUCUGUUGGGUUUCUGCGCUUUAUUUUAUUUGAUUACACCAUUUGAUUUUAUCCCGGAUAUUACCGGUUUCAUAGGAAUUUUAGAUGAUAUGAUAGUUAUAUGCAUAUUUAUCAUACAUUUCGUUUCUGUGUAUCAGACAAUUUCUUCAAGACAAAGAUUUAAUAGCCGAUAAUUCUCACUCUUUUCAAAUCUGUAGAUCGCAGGGUGGGGAUUAUUGUCUGUAUUAGUAACAAAGUAUAGAUUUGAACUUGGAAAAUUCAACUGUGUAAUUAAACUUAUAUAAUUAUAUGUAUAUGUAAUCAUAACGGGAACUUCCUAUAAAGAAACCAUAUAAACUAAUGAUUUCACUUGGUGUGUACAUUUAAUUUCUGUCGUUCACAUUCAUAUUCCUAAUAGAUAUUCUGCAAACGUGAUUCCUUCUAGUUUUAAUAUUUCAUGUGUGGAUUUCAGAAAUCUUCUAAUUAAUAUCAAGCAUCAAAAUGUAGUUGUGGAACUUUAUUAAAACAAAUAAAAUAAUCUGUAU